AGAAAGAAGAAGAAGAAGAAGAAGAAGAAGAAAAUAAACGAGACUAGAGAAAUUCCUUGUUCGCUGAUUGCUUCGUCCUUUCACAGACAGCCGUGGGGCGGAACUCGCUUCCUUUCAAUUUCUUCUUUCUCCCCCCUGUCCUUUGCUGGCUCGCUGCGUGUCGCCGUUGCUUUUUCGCUCCCUCUCUCUUUCGGUGCUUGCUGUGGAAAGUCAAACUUGGUUCCAUCAAUGAGCCAGUUUGACAUUUCUAAGCAGUGCUAUGACUAGAGCAAAGACCCAGUGACAGCAAGUUAUCGAGGGCAUCCUUGUGGUCGAGCUUCUUCUCAUCUGCUUUCACGGUCUUUGAAUCAUAUCGUGAAUCACCGACCUGUGAAAAGAAGGGAGUUCAUAGCAGAAGUAAUGGUUGGACAUCAGCUGUAAAGAAAGUUGUGGCUGGUGGUUCAAUGAGGAGACUCCACGAGCGGGUACUAGGACCCACUAAAAUCGGGAUACCUACCCAAACCAGUGAUAUAUGGCUGCUGGGUACUUGCUAUAAGAUCUCAGCUGAUGGUUGUUCUGCAGAAGCAGAAGCUACAGGCAAUAUUUUAGCUGAAUUUACACAUGAUAUCUCUUCAAGAAUCCUAGUUACAUAUAGGAAAGGUUUUGAUGCCAUUGGAGAUUCAAAAUUAACAAGUGAUGUAGGCUGGGGUUGCAUGGUUAGGAGCAGCCAGAUGUUGAUUGCUCAAGCAUUGCUUUGUCAUCAAUUUGGGAGAUCUUGGAGAAGAACUUCAGUUGAGCCACAGGAUCAAGACUAUAUCACGAUCUUGCAUCUUUUCGGCGAUUCAGAGGCGUCACCAUUCUCUAUCCACAAUCUUCUUCUAGCUGGAAAGGCUUAUGGCCUUGCAGCUGGAUCAUGGGUAGGGCCAUAUGCUAUGUGCCGGUCCUGGGAAACUCUGGUCCGCUCAAAGAGAGAGGAAACAGUCCCUGAGCUCUGCCCAUUUCCUAUGGCUCUUUAUGUUGUUUCUGGAGAUGAAAAUGGGGAGCGAGGUGGAGCUCCAGUUGUCUGCAUUGAAGAUGUCCAUAGAAGUGUAGAAUUUUCUAAAGGACAGGUAGACUGGACGCCUAUUAUUCUAUUAGUUCCCCUGGUCCUUGGACUUGACAAAGUAAACCCCAGGUAUAUUCCAUCGCUCCAGGCAACAUUCACCUUUCCUCAAAGCCUUGGCAUUUUAGGUGGAAAGCCCGGUGCUUCAACGUACAUAGUUGGUGUGCAAGAUGACAAUGCAUUUUAUCUCGAUCCACAUGAAGUUCAACAGGUAAAUGACAACUGAGAAUGGUGUUUCCUUCAUAUUAGUUUCCAGCACUGAUGGAGACUAUGAGAAAUGGCUGAUAUAUGCAUCUGUUGCUUGGAAAAGUCUAAUGAAGUUCCAGCUCUCAUUUAGUUUUAGAUUGUUAUAAUUUCACUAAUUCACUUUGUACAGUAUUACAGCUCUCUUUGCAGUGCCGUCACUGUAAAGCACUUCUUUUUUAGUGAUUGCCCUUUCAGUUGAUUUCCAUGCCCAACUAAGGACCCUUCAUUCAUAAUCGAUCUUGGGAAAGAUCAUUGGCACUAUAUAUUAUUGGUCCCAUUUCCACCCCGACCCUGACCCCGCCCUCCACCCCACCUUUUCUUUCUCGUCCUUAAUGCCUGUUAUUACUCUUGUAAAGAGUCAAUUCAGAUGAUGUUGGUGGGUGAAGGAGGUUGUCUGUCGUUUUUCCUUUGUCCUUCCCUGUUUCGGUCCAUCAAAGUAGGGGGUUCUUUUUUAUUAAUGGAUUUCAGUUGCACUUCUAUUACAAUUAUCGUUAGUUACAAUGGACGAGUGCAUGAUUGUACUGAAAAAGCUCUUGGUUCUUCAGGUAGUCAACAUCAGCAAAGAUGAUUUGGAGGCUGAUUCAUCAUCAUACCAUUCCAAUGUCAUACGGCAUAUUCCCCUGGAAUCAAUCGAUCCCUCGCUUGCAAUCGGGUUCUACUGCCGAGACAAAGACGACUUCGAUGAGUUCUGUUCCUUGGCAUCAAAGCUAGCCGAAGAAUCGAAUGGCGCACCGUUAUUCACCGUGGCACAUUCCCAUCAGAAUACGUUUGUCAGCAGCUGCGAUGCCUAUCAAGAAGAUGAUGAUGCAGAUGAUGGACAUGGUGGGGACGAAUGGCAACUGCUCUAAUACCUCCAGUCUGUUAGCUCUGUACAUUUGCGUAGACAUUUGUAUGUAUACAAGUGAGUGGCAGUCAUUUGCUUAGUCUGAUGCUUGCAAUUGAAUUGUCCUUUGUUAUUGGAGUUCGAUUGAUGAUGGAAGAAGUUUGUAGAUAUGUUGGUGGUGGGAGCCUCCAUUAGCCUCCUCCUUUUCUCAAGCAUUGUAUACGAUUCUUUGUUUGUUCUAGUGGUAGUUUGGCUGAUAUGAAUUGAAUUCAUCUCGUUGUGGGGAAUUGUUUCCUGAUGUUCUAUAACCGUACCUACAGGUAAUGUUGGUCGAGCUGUGUAUUGGAGACCAACUCGCUACGGUUUAUAUUACAACUUACCGUAUUCAUUGUUAG